GAUAUAUUUUAGAUUUAGUCCGAGAGCUCUCAGUCCCUCCAUUGAAGCUGUGUGUAUGGUAUACUGUCCAUGUCCAGAAAGGUAUGAAAAACAUCAUCAAAGUAGUCCAUGUGACAUCAGAGGGUCAGUUAGAAUUUUUUGAAGCAUCGAAAAUACAUUUUGGUCUAAAAAUAUCAAAAACUAUGACUUUAUUCAUCAUUGUCUUCUCUUCCGUGUCUGUUGUGAGAGAGUUCAAAACAAAGCAGUUUGUCAUAUCCGGUUCGCGAAUGAAUCAUUCGAUGUAAACGGAUCUUUUUGAACCAGUUCACCAAAUCGAACUGAAUCGUUUUAAACGGUUUGCAUCUCCAAUAAGCAUUUACACACAAAUGACUUAAGCUGUUAACUUUUUUAAUGUGGCUGACACUCCCUCUGAGUUCAAACAAACCAAUAUUCUGGAGUAAUUCAUUUACUCAAACAGUACAAUGACUGAACUGCUGUGAAGAGAGAACUCAUUAUCUGGCUCGGCUCCGUGUUCAUCUUCAGUUCUCUCUUCACAGCAGUUCAGCCAGUGUACUGUUUGGAUUUAUGGUUUUGACCCCUGCUUGUUGAUUUCUGAUUUGGAAUUAAAACCCAUUAAAACCCACACUGCGAUUGGAUCUUUUUUCUCCUGUGUUUCCCUGGGUCUCCGAUCGUAACAAAACUAUGUUCCGAAGAUAAAUGGAGGUCUUACUGGUUUGGAACGACAUGAGGGUGAGUUAUUAAUAACAUCACUUUAAUUUUUGGAUGAACCAACCUUUUAAUAGCCAGAUAACAUUGUUCCAUUUAUUUUAUAUUGUUUUGUAUGUAAAAAUUGUGUUCACUUACACAUACAGGUGCAUCUCAAUAAAUUAGAAUGUCAUGGAAAUUUAUUUAUUACAUUUAUUUCAGUAAUUCAACUCAGAUUGAAACUUGUGUAUUAAAUAAAUUCAAUGCACACAGACUGAAGUAGUUGUCUUUGGUUCUUUUAACUGUGAUGAUUUUGGCUCACAUUUAACAAAAACCCACCAAUUCAUCUAGACAAAUAAGAAUAUGGUGACAUGACAAUCAGCUAAUCAAUUCAAAACACCUGCAGAGGUUUCCUGAACCUUCAAAAUGGUCUCUUAGUUUGGUUCACUAGGCUACACAAUCAUGGGGAAGACUUCUGAUCUGACAGUUGUCCAGAAGACGAUCAUUGACACCCUCCACAAGGAGGGUAAGCCACAAACAUUCAUUGCCAAAGAAGCUGGCUGUUCACAGAGUGCUGUAUCCAAGCAUGUUAACAGACAGUUGAGUGGAAGGAAAAAGUGUGGAAGAAAAAGAUGCACAACCAACCGAGAGAACCGCAGCCUUAUGAGGAUUGUCAAGCAAAAUCGAUUAAAAGAAUUUGAGUGAUCUUCAUAAGGAAUGAAGUUUAACAUAGUCUGGGAUAAUUUGGAGUGCAAUGUCAUCUGCUGGUGUUGGUCCAUAUUGUUUGUUGAAAACCAAAGUCAUUGCAACCGUUUACAAAGAAAUCUUGGAGCACUUCAUGCUUCAUUCUGCUGACCAGCUUUUUCAAGAUACUGAUUUCAUUUUCCAGCAGGAUCUGGCACCUGCCCACACUGCCAAAAGCACCAAAUGUUGGUUAAAUGACCAUGGUGUUGGUGUGCUUGACUGGACAGCAAACUCACCAGACCUGAACUUAUCUUCACCUCAAACUUAUCACCUCCAUGCCACGCCGAAUUUGAGGCAGUAAUUAAAGCAAAAGGAGUCCCUACCAAAUGUUGAGUACAUGCACAGUAAAUGAUCAUACUUUCCAGCAGGACAACAAUUCACUAAAAGUGUUUUUAUUAUUAUUAUUAUUAUUGGUCUUAUGAAGUAUUCUAACUUGUUGAGAUUGGUGUGUUUUUGUUUUAUGCGAACCAAAAUAAUCACAAUUAAAAGAACCAAAGACUUAAACUACUUAUGUGUGCACUACAUUUAUUUAAUACACAAGUUUCAUAAUUUGAGUUGAAUUACUGAAAUAAAUGAACUUUUCCACGACAUUCUAAUUUAUGUAGAUGUACCUGUACAGACGCAUUUAGAACGAGAGGGGCGACCGAGUCACUGGUCGAUAAUGCGGUGCUGUCCUCUGCUGGUAUAACAUGGUGUUACAGGAAAACAAUACCUUAAUAAAAACUAAUUUCAGAAGCAGCUAUAUGGAGUCAAAACAAGGCCACAAAUGCUUGCAAAAGUAUUGAAAUAUUGCAGAAGAAAAUUAAGUUUUGCAAACAAAAAUGAAAGUAUUGAGAAACUAUAAAUGUGCUUUUUGCAAACAAAAAUAAAGAAUUGCAAAAAAAAUAAAAAUAAUUAUUGAUAGAAAAAAAAUGUUUUGCAAAAAAAAAAAAAAAGAGAGUAUUUAGUAUUUGCAUUACUGCUUUUAAUUUGCGUUUCAGUCUAGUUUAAACUUGCAGUACUGUUUUUCUUUUUGUGCUUCACGUUUCUCUGUGUCUCCCUUUCUGGCACUGUGUUGACAUGGAGGUGGAGUCAAGGGAAGGGGGCAUGUACAACAGGCCUGGUAAUGCCUCCCUGGAAGUGAUGUCAUUGGCCCGAGAUGCACCAUCAUUGGACAGAGGCAUGCGAGUGGAUUGUUUCCUUUCAUUCACUAACAUGAAAACAUAGAUGUUUUUGUUUUAUUAAUUUUAUUAACAAAUGUAUGUGUAUUAGCAGCUGUAAGAAGGAGGCGGGAACCGGCAGACAUUUAAAUGAAACUUCAAUGAUAAAAUAAACACAAAAGAGCGCGAUAGCCCCUCGUGGACAACUGACGCGCACAAACAAAAACCAAACACAAGUCCAGGCCUGGUCCUCUCUCAUCCUUCAGUUGCAUCUCUCCUCUUUUAUAUCCUUACGAUCGCCUGUGUGGGAUGCGAGACCAGUGAGUUCGAGCAGGUGUUGCUCAUUUCCCAAUCACUCCACCGUCCUCGCUCCAUUCCCACGGCUCUCGGCCCCGCCCCGUACUCCCAAGACUGCGCUCUACUCCCACCCCCGUGAAGGAAGGAGGGACGCGCUGCCGAAGAUCCCUUGCCGCUGGGUUGAAUGACAGACAGACGAGGUGAGAGAACAGGAGAUGGAAGGAUGAGGAGCGACAGAGAUGAGAGAGAGGAGAGAGUAGAAAAAAAAAAAACUGUUGGUUCCCCGACACAGUGCCGCUCGGCCCUCCAGUAGCUGUGUGAACUCCGCCCCGGGUGCCUGGCGGUGGCACUGGAUUGCCCUCGUUGGACGGAAAGACACCUCCACCGCCCAGUGGACGGCAACGUAUCCUCCAUGUUCGGGCAGCCAGCAGGAGUCCCCCGUUCCCUGCUACUCCCCAUUUUGGAGGAUGACAGCAGGCUCUGGCCCCCGGCGAACAGUGCCGACUCCUUUGUUGGUCCGUCCCCGGCAGCUCACUCCAGCCCACCGCCUCAAGCAUCCCUGGCGCCAGACUGCUACGCCCUGCUCGAUGGCACCGUGGAUUCAACCCAGCGGCAAGGGAUCUUCGGCAGCGCGUCCCUCCUUCCUUCACGGGUUUCAGCACCAGUGUAACGGUAUAAAACUUCACAAUCAUGGGGAGAAGGAGGCGGGAACCGACAGACAUUUAAAUGAAACUUUAAGGAUAAAAUAAACACAAAACAGUGUGACAGCCUCUCGCAGACGACUGUCGCGCACAAACAAAGACCAAACACAAAAUAAAGCCCAGGCCUGGUCCUCUCUCGUCCUUCAUUGUCGUCGCUCCUCUUUUGUAUCCUUCUGAUCUCCUCCGUGGGACUCGAGACCGGUGAGUCUCGCAGGUGUCGCUCAUUUCCCAAUUACUCCACCGGCCUCGCUCCAUUCCCACGGCUCUCGCCCCCACCCCACUCGUCACAGCAGCAUUUGCGCAAUUUAAAGAAGUUGGUAAUAGAAACAUCUGCUGUUUAAUUCUCUCAAUGUGCACACUUUUAUAGCAUUAACAUGUGUACUGUUUCAUGUUAAACAGUUUUUGUUUACAAUCUCUUAACCUUUUUGGAGGACACCCAGUACCUCAGAAUUUCAGAAAGAGGAGUUCUGAGUUUUGACGUCGAGUGUGUGAGUCACGGAUGGAAGUCCUGUGAGUGGGGCGUCAUCUGAGCUCAGGCACAUUUGGAGCUCAUUACACAUCUACAGAAGGAAUGUUCCCUGAGCCAGACUAUGAGAUUUUAGGAGUUGACUGUCCAGUUAGUUCAGGAGGAGAGCAGGUCAAAGAAGGAGUGAAUGAACCUGCGUAAAGAUUGGUUCGAUUGAAUAGCAUUUUCAUUAUAAAAUGGAUAUCAAGCCAGUAUUAAGGAGAUUUGGCUCUCUGGUCCGGGCCAUUCUCACAUUUCUCUUUGCUCUUCUGGUACUUGGGGUGAUGUUAUGGGCAUACAUCGAAGGUUUCCAGAUAGCCACAUCUCCAUACAACAUCAUUUCAUUAGGUUUCUAUGGAGUGCUGCUCAGCCUCCAUGUCCUAAUUCAGAGCUUCUUUGCCUUUGUGGAGCAUAGACGCAUGAAUGCCAGACGCAAACCAUGCUCUUACACAAAAACCAUCGGCUUUACUAUAUCAGCCUAUCAGGAGGACCCUGCUUAUCUUCGUGAGUGCCUUCAGUCAGUACGGGCGCUGCAGUACCCAUCUGAGCUGCUACGCAUCAUCAUGGUGGUGGAUGGGAACUCAGAUGAUGACCGCUACAUGAUGGAGAUGUUCCGUGAGGUCUUUGCAGACCAGGAUCCUGGCUGUUAUAUAUGGCAAAACAACUAUCACUCUUGGAACCCCACUAGCAAAGAAAAGGAUGCAGCUGAAGCUGAUGCUCCCGAAGCAGAAACUUAUGCUCCAGAAGCAGUCGACGGAGUUAUGUUUGAAGACACUCAGCGCUUAGAGGUUGAAGAACUCAUCAGGACCAAGAAGUGUGUGUGCAUCAUGCAGAAAUGGGGAGGAAAGAGGGAAGUGAUGUAUACAGCAUUCAAGGCACUAGGAUCCUCUGUAGAUUAUAUACAGGUAUGUGAUUCGGACACAAAAUUAGAUCCCCUGGCCACAGCUGAGCUCUGCAAGGUGCUGGAGAGCAACCAGAAAUACGGCGCCGUGGGAGGCGAUGUGAUGAUCCUUAACCUCAAAGACUCCUAUAUCAGCUUCAUGAGCAGCCUGCGCUACUGGAUGGCAUUUAACAUUGAGAGGUCCUGCCAGUCCUUCUUCGACUGCGUCUCCUGUAUCAGCGGCCCCUUAGGUCUUUAUAGGAAUGACCUGCUGCAGCAGUUUCUGGAAUCCUGGUACAACCAGAAAUUUCUUGGCACCCACUGUACUUUCGGUGAUGAUCGUCAUCUCACUAAUCGAAUGCUAAGCAUGGGCUAUGCUACAAAGUACACUGCCCGUUCAAAGUGCUACACGGAGACUCCUGCCCAGUCUCUGCGCUGGCUCAAUCAGCAGACGCGUUGGACCAAAUCCUACUUUCGUGAAUGGCUCUAUAAUGCUAUGUGGUGGCACAAGCAUCACCUGUGGAUGACCUAUGAAUCCAUUGUGUCAGGCAUCUUUCCUUUUUUUGUCACUGCCACCAUUAUCAAGCUCUUCUGGACAGGCACUCUGUGGGACAUUUUGUGGGUCUUGUGCUGCAUCCAGUUGAUUGGACUGGUAAAGGCAACAUAUGCCUGCAUCCUACGACAGAAAGCAGUGAUGCUCUUCAUGUCCUUAUACUCUGCCCUCUAUAUGACUAGCCUCCUGCCUGCAAAAUACUUUGCCAUUAUCACCAUGAACAAAAGCAGCUGGGGGACAUCGGGCCGUCGUAAAAUGGUGGGGAAUUAUAUCCCCCUGGUACCUCUAUCAGUGUGGGCUGCCAUUUUGUUGGGAGGCCUGGUGUACACAAUCUACAGGGAAAGCAAAAUGGACUGGACAACAGAUGGAAAGAAAGAGGAGAUCAAGUUUUUGAUAUUUGGAGCUACAGCUUAUGUGUGCUACUGGCUGGUAAUGAUCUGCCUCUAUUGGAUGUGGUUUCGGAGAUUAUUCCGAAAACGCUCACAGAGUUAUACUGUGAAUGUAUAAGACAAUUAUUUGGGCACAUUUUUUAUUUAUUAAAGAACACUUGUUUUUUCUUUUCUAAAUGGUUUACAUGCAAUUUUAUUUAUGGACUGUUUUUAAACUUGCAAUUGUAUUUAUGAUUUAUUUUAAUAUUGCACAUAAUGUAUGCAAUUUACGAUGUCCACUAAGUAUUCAGAGAUUGGGAAUGACUUGAAACAACCAGUCUUUAUCAAAUAUAAUGACUACAUGAAAUGUGCAGAAAGCAUGCAUACAGAGUCAAAAUUGAUGCUGUAGGUUUUUUAAUUCAACAAACAUAGCAUUGAACCCAAAUAAUACAAAUAUGUUAUUAUUAGUGAGAGAAUUUCCACUGGUUACAGUACCUGGUACUUUUUUUAGUACCACCUUGGUUGGGGUUCCAAAUGAACCGUUACCAAAACAUGAUGUGUAAACACUACUGAUCAUGGAUUUGCAGGAGAGAAUCGUCACUACCUGCAUCACUGAACUUGCGACCUGUUUUUAUAGAGCAUGGCUAUUCAAAUCCUGCCCUGAAGGGCCAAUGCGGUGCAGAGUUUGGAUCCAACCCUGAUCAAAGUCACCUGCCUGUGAUUUUCUAAUGAUCCCAAAAACAUUGAUUAGCAUGCUCAGGUGUGUUUGACUAGGGUUGGAGCCAAACUCUGCACCGCAUUGGCCCUCCAGGGCAAGAUUUGAAUAGCCCUAUUAUAGAGUCUCAUAGACAUGUACACUGGUGUAUAUGUCUAUGAUACAGUCUAUGCUUGCGAUACAAACAUAAAAUAAGUGCUAGAUUGAAAUCAGAACAGCCAGCGAAGGAGCUAAAGCAACUAUUUUGAAUGAGCGCUCCUUUUUUAACAACCCAAAAAUGGCAGUUUCGUUGACUCUUGAGGAAGUACAGACAUUCCUCUCUCUGAUAGCAGAGGACUGGAUCCAGAGAGAGCUUGAUGGGGGACGUGGAAAUUACAAAGUUUUUCACGAUUGGUGGCAGUAGUAGGCGGCACAACUAUAACGACGUGAACAAUCCCACCAAAUCUAAUGUAGUACUAAACUGCAGUGGAAACGUCUUACCACGCUGUGGAAAAGCGCCAUAAGACAUACUGUUACAACACAUUAUUUGUAGAACAUAAAUAGUUACAGCACUGAUCAUGUGAUGUUGAUGAUAUUUUAGCAUCUGUCAUCAUCAAAAUGACUACUAACACAAAUAUGGCAAAUAUUUCAUGAGAAAACUGUGCAGGUAUUUCUAAAUGUGUUUUGUGAUGUGUAUUGAUUUAAAAUACAUUUUAAUGCUUUCUAAUGUAACUUGACAGGGUAUUUUAUGUCGUCAUUUCAAAUAUUGUGUAAAUGUGAAGUUACAAAUGUGUGUUAUUUCAAU